AUGUCUCAGGAGGAGUUGGUUGUAUUAAGGAAGGAACUAACUGAACUGUUAGACAAGAACUUUAUUAGAACACUGAACCAGAUUGGACGGGCUAAGUGGUUUACCAAACUGGAUGUUUCAGCUGCCUUCCACAAAAUCUGGAUUGCCAAAGGCCAGGAGUGGAUGACAGCUUUUCGUACGAGAUAUGGCCUUUUUGAAUGGCUUGUUACACCAUUUGGCCUGGCAAAUGCCCCCAGCACUUUCCAGAAGUACAUUAACUAG